ACGUCAGUUGCACUAGUUCUCAGACUAUCACAAGACCGAGAGUGAGACGGAACGCAACAUCCACCGAGACAUCCGGGCUGACAGGUGACCAUGGCGUUGGGAAAGCUGGCAUGGCUGCUGGCAGUGUGUCUUCUGCCUACUGUGUUGGCAGAGCCCUUGGUGUUUAAGGACUGUGGAUGCACAGAAGGAACAAUAAUAACCGUGGAUGUGUCUCCAUGCCAAAUGCAACCAUGUCAUUUGGUGAAAGGGCAAACGUAUACUGUCAAUGCGACCUUCACAAGCAAGGAGGACAGUGACAGCUGCACUGCUGUAGUUCAUGGCAUAUUGGGUAUAGUUCCAGUUCCAUUUCCUAUUCCACAACCAGAUGGAUGUAAAAGUGGAAUCUCAUGCCCAAUCAAGAGCGGGCAGACUUACAGCUACGUUACCAAGAUGCCAAUCAGCACCAAAUACCCAUCUUUAGAGGUGGUUGUCCAAUGGCAGCUGAAGGAUUCAAGUGGAAAAGACCUCUUCUGCUGGGCCAUUCCUGUCAAAAUCACUGACAACUGAGGCAAUAUUCCUUAAUCUCGGAUCAGACAAGCACUGAGCUGGUGGAGAAGAGUUCCCUGAUUGACUCCUUCCCGUGAUUCUAUUCUAAUCUUCCUCCUCUAACUGCUGUGCAGUUGUAACUUAAAUUUUAGGGUAAUUCCAGAAAUAAGAUACACCACUGAUUGUCUUUGCUUAUGUUUUUAAUAAAGGCCUUUUCACCCUG